CUAGAUUUAGGGGACGGUCGUUGUGGCUCGGGGUGGCGCGAGAACUGAGAAGUGUCACAGCUUCACAGCUGCCCGGGCCUAGUACCGAGUACCGAGUGCGGCACGCAUGCCGUAAAAGACUUACGUGAAGAUAGCAGUACUUCAGUGCAUAUAGAAUCUCGCUGCCCAGCGUAACACAAAUGCAAGCACGGUGCGUCCGCACCGCGACGCCAACGCUGAAUCUGAACGGGGCUGCUACAUCCUCUAGUGCAAACAUGCUGGGCCCGCUCGGCGCCCGAGCGCUGGCAGCGCGCACCUGCGUGUCAGCGGCCCGCUGGUUUGCCGACGCCAUCUCCGCCAGCGGCCAUCGGCAGCGGGCCGGCCUGUCGCUGCGAGCUGCAGCUGCGACAUGCACGUCUGCCACGUCUACUAGAUCCAGCGAGGGUGUCCACAUCCCUCACGCAGCGCUGGUGCAGGCGCAGGGCCGUGUAGCGUGGAUGCAGCCGGCGCUCAGGCCCGGCCGCUGCAGCAGUGGUGGGCUGGGGCCGCUGCCGCUCCCGAUGCUGGCGCGGCCAUCUUUGACUGUGGCGCGCGCGGCUGCGACUGAGGCAACCAAGACGGAGACGGCGGCGGCGGAAGCGGAAGCGGCCCCUGAGGCCACGCACACCGUCCUGUUCGAGGUCGGCGACAUGAAGUGCGGCGCCUGCUCCGCCGCCGUGAAGCGCAUGCUGCUGACGCGGCCCGAGGUGGCCUCCGCCGCCGUCAACCUCAUGACGGAAACGGCGGCGGUGCAAGUGCGCGGCGACCCCGAGGCGCUGGCUCCUAAGCUCGCCGCCUUCAUCAGCCAGCGCGGCUUCCCCAUGCGCCUGCGGGCGGCGGGCGGCGCCGGCGCCGAGGACGCAGUGGCGGCGGCGGCGGCCGCGGACAAGAAGCGUCAGGACGAGGCCCGGCGCAGUGUGUGGGACCUGGGUGUUGCCUGGCUGCUGGUGGCCGCCUGCUGCACCCACCACGCCGGCCACCUGCUACACGCCGCCGGCUACCACCAGCUGGCGCACGCGCCGCUGCUCACGGCGCUCAGCGACCCGAGGGUCAGCGGCGCACUGGGCGCGUUCGCGCUGCUGGGGCCCGGGCGCAGGCUGCUGGUGGACGGCUUCCGCGCACUGGCUGCCGGCAACCCCAACAUGAACAGCCUGGUGGGGCUGGGCAGCGCCGCCAGCUUCGGGGUGGGGCUGGCGGGCGCGGCGGCGUCGGCGGGGCUCAUCAGCGGACCGGGCGCCGCCGCCCUGGGCGCCCUGGCUGGCGACGCGACCUUCCUGGAGGAGCCGGUGAUGCUGCUGGCCUUUGUGCUGCUGGGCAGGGCGCUGGAGGCCCGGGCCAAGGUCCAGGCCGCCUCCGACCUGCAGUCCCUGGCCCGCCUCAUCCCCGCCUCGGCGCGCCUGGUGCUGGACCCCGGGGCCGUGCCGGGCAAGGCGCCCGCAGCAGCCCCUGCCGCUACUGCCGCUACUGCCGCUACUGCCGCCAGUGGUGCUGCUACUGCUACAGCCCCGGCGGCGGCUGCGGUGGAGUACGCGGUGGUGCCCACCAGCAGUGUGCGCGCCGGCGACAUCCUGCGCGUGCUGCCGGGCGAGAAGGUGCCUGUGGACGGCGAGGUGCUGGAGGGCGAGGCGGCGGCGGACGAGUCGCUGCUGAGCGGCGAGAGCGCGCUGGUGGCCAAGGCGCCGGGCAGCCGGCUGACGGGCGGCACGGUGGUGUACGAGGGCGCGAUGACGCUGAGGGCCACAGCCACCGGCGCGGCCUCCACCGUGGCAGGCAUUGCCCGCCUGGUGUCGGACGCGCAGGCCCGCGAGGCGCCGGUGCAGCGGCUGGCGGACGCCGUGGCGGGCCGCUUCUGCCUGGGCGUCAUGGCCGCCGCCGCCGCCACCUUCCUGUUCUGGCUGGGCGCGGGGGCGGCGCUGUGGCCGCACGUGCUGGACGGCGUGGGCAGCUGGGCGGAGCUGGAGGCGAGCUACCACAGCCAUGGCGCGGGUGCCUGGGGCGGCGGCGGCGGCGGCGGCCUGGAUUACGACGAGGUGUCCUCCACGCCGCUGCUGCUGGCGCUGCGGCUGGCUGUGGACGUGUUGGUGGUGGCUUGCCCCUGCGCCCUGGGCUUGGCCACACCCACGGCGGUGCUGGUGGCCAGCAGCCUGGGCGCCAGGAGGGGGCUGCUGUUCCGUGGCGGUGACGUGCUGGAGCGGCUGGCGGCGGUGGACACGGUGGUGCUGGACAAGACAGGCACACUCACGGAGGGCAAGCUGCGCGUGCUGGGGAUACAGACCGCAACCCAGGCUGACUACUCGUCGUCAUCGGCUGACGGCGGCGGCGGCGGCGGCGGCAGGGAGCAGGCGGUCCUGACGCUGGCGGCGGCGGUGGAGGCCGCCACCCGCCACCCACUGGCAGACGCCGUGCUGGCGGAGGCGCGGCGGCGCGGCCUGGCGGCGCCGCCGGCGGCGGAGGCCGCCGCCACCGUCGCCGGCCGCGGCGUGAAGGCCCGCGUCGACGGCGUCUGGGUCGCAGUCGGGCGGCGGGAGUGGGCGCUGGAGGCGGUCACUGGCGGCGCCGCCGGCGCCGGCGCCGCCGGCGCCGCCGCUGACGUGGCAAUGACGGCGCCUCCGGCGGAUGCGUCGGUGGCUGGCGCCAGCAGUGUGUGGGUGGCGGUGGAGGGUCAGGGGCUGGUGGGGCGCAUUUGGCUGCGUGACACGCUGCGGCCGGAUGCGGCGGCCACGGUGGCGGCACUGAAGGCGGCGGGCAAGCAGGUCCACAUCAUGUCGGGCGACGACCCGGCCACGGUGGCGGUGGUGGCGGCGGCGGCGGGCGUGCCGGCGGCGGCGGCGGCGGGCGGCCUGACGCCGGCUGACAAGCUGGAGCGGGUGCGGGCGCUGCAGGCGGCGGGUCGGACGGUGGCCAUGGUGGGCGACGGCGUGAACGACGCGCCGGCACUGGCGGCGGCGGAUGUGGGCGUGGCGCUCAAGGGCGGCCUGGACGCCGCGGGCGAGGCCUCGGGCCUGGUGCUCAUGGGCGACCGGCUGGGUCAGCUGCUGGAGGCGCUGGAGCUGGGCGGCGCCUGCCUGGCCAAGAUCCGGCAGAACCUGGUGUGGGCGCUGGGCUACAACGUGGUGGGCAUACCGCUGGCGGCAGGCGCGCUGCUGCCCAGCCUGGGUGUGGCGCUCAACCCCUCCGCCGCCGCCGGCAUGAUGGCCUUCAGCUCCGUGGCGGUGGUCUCCAACAGCCUCAUGCUGCGGGCAGGGCGGGCGGCGCCGGCGGCGGGGGCGGCAGCAGGGGAGGCGGGCGAGGCGGCGGCUGGGGCGGGGAGUGGCGGCGGCGCGGGCUGGGGCGGGAGCGGCGCGGCGGCGGGGCGCGGCGGCGGCGCGGCGGCGUGAGGCGUGGGGGUGGGAAGGCGGGAUGAUGGCUUGUGUUGGUGUGGUAUUGUGGAGAGUGUUUGAGGGCUUCGCGGAGAGGCGUGGGGAGAGGCAGUGGGCUUGCUGAGAGCGAGUGACGCUGAGCGGCAUUGGAGUCGGGAUCGUGGGUUGCAGGAGGAGGUCGAGGAGGAGGAGGACGCUCCGCGAUACAUAAAGGCUAGAGAGGACGCAGGACAUGCAGACCUGGCAGCCCGUGCUUGCAGGCAUUGAAAUCUGCAGGCACCCAGCAGGCGCGUCAAGCGGGUACUGCGUAAAAAGUCUUGCCUUAAUUUGUUUGAGAUCGGGUGGGACCCUGGCAUGCAGUGUCUGCGACGUCUGCGUGCUCAGCCGGCUCAGAUUCUCCACCCUUUGUCACAUCGCAAGAUUUAGGAUUCGGGAUUUUGGCCCGCUGGGUGGGGUGGGAUGGAGCCGGCCGUCGGCAGCCCGCGCGUGUGGCGCUGCGAGCAGCACCGCCGCUGUGCUACUACAGUGCGUGGGCAGUGGCCAGUGGGGCGUUGUGCGGUCGUGGCGGGCGGCCAUCGGGCGGGUUUGGCGGGCAGCGGAGGAUGCAGGGAUGCUUGCCAUGCCGUGGGCAGCUGUGAGCCGAGAUGUGUUGCUGUCAGUCUCUGUGCCGGGCUGGCACAACAGCAGCUGUGACCAGGGGAACCCUUGGCUGUGGCACGUACCGGCCGUGCUAUGCCAUUAUGA